AUGGACCCGAAUCUGGAGCUUUGUAGGAGCUUAAUGCAUCUUACCUCAUCCGAGCGCCGUCGACGCCUCCAACAUCUUCCCCCAGAGGAAUAUGCCAGGGUCAGGUUGAUCGUCGAAAGAGAGCAGGAGGCCCAGAAGCUGGAGGAACUCAUUGCAGGCCGGGACCUCGUCCAAGUGGCCUUAGCUGAUCCUUCCGAGAUUAAAGCGUCGGAACCGUUGAAAUAUGCCCUCCUCGGCCGAACCACCUACAGGUCUGACGAGAACAAGAUGAUUGAACGCAUCACCAACGGCGUCGCAAGAUCGAGUUCGACCUUGAUCACAUACAUUGGAAAUUUUGAUAGAACUACUCGGCCUUUCCCCUUAGAUGCCUGGAAGUUAGUCUAUUGCGACGUCUAUUAUGUCGAUGGGGGGAGUGCUACACUGCAGGAGAUCUACGAAGAACGCCUUCGAGAAGAUGAGCUCCAAACCCCUGCCGCCCGAGCCAGAGAGCUUGUGCGGGACAAGGCACUCAGAAAAGCUCGGAGGAAUGCUAAAUGGAUGGUUCCUGCUAUUGUACGUUUUUCAGAUGAGGCACAAGCACAGGUGGACCAGGAAUAUAGGCAAUCCAUGGAACCCUUCUUGCGAUUUACCAAUGACGAGCGAGUAAAGCAAAUCACCUUAACACCGCCAGGAUACGGCAAGACCCUGGAACAGAUCUGGAAGUGGGUAUCGCCGGCGCCGCCAGCUUGGAUCCAGAAGAUCCUCGAGGCUCAAGAACAGUUCGGUUUUGUCUACUAUAGGUCCAGAGAGGUCGAGCAGAUGCAUGGCCAUGACUGGCGAUCAGCCUGGGAUGGUAUUAAUUACCACUCUCUGGAAGGCGGGGUAACCUGGCAUAGUAUCCAUUGCCAAGGCUAUAGCAACUCGUUGGCGUUGCGUCGACUGGAAACUGAGAAGUGGCCUACGCUUUAUCCCAACGAGAGCAUGGCAGAAGAUGACGACUUGCGAAAGCAAUUCAGAGAAUACAGAGAAGAGAAUGACCAUCUUUUGUCUGCUGGAAUUCUACGGAAUACCUUUAUCGUCAUUCCUAUUGAAUUGACCACCGAGGAAAAUCGCACGCAUAACGAAGAUACACUUCUUGAUCCUUACUGGGUUUGGGCAUAUGACGCAGACUGGGACAGUUCGGAAGAAGAAACUGUGUUUGACGGGGAGAAAUACCAAGGGCGUAUCAAGGUGGCCAUUUGGUCGGUCAACGCAUGGUUCUAUGGUGCUCGCUGGGAGGGAGUGAGUCUUCGGGACAUGUGGCUAAAGGCGCAGCAGCAUCCGGAAAAGUUGUGGAUUUGUUAUACGAAGAAACUCGAAGAGUGGGAUCAUGAGCCAUACAUUUGA